CUCGAGCGUGCUCUGCUUUUGACUCGAUUUGCCAGACGUGCAAGUCCCUAUUCUAAGCAUCACCGCUUCGCCUGAUUCUCAUCGGAAGACAUGCGGGGGGGGCUUCGCAGCGACCUUUGAGGGCCGUUUUUUUCCAACGCUCAUUUUUCCUCUCAGGGAGUCAUGCUGCGUGUGGAGAACAGCGGAUUACUCUACAGCGGAGCAUCCGCGCGACAAACCAAUUCCGGCGGAAUGGCUAUGGCGCAUUCCGUCCGCCACUCGCGCAGAUUUCUCUCCCCCCACACGCACUUAGCCUGUGGUUUUCAUUCCGCCGUUGAGCUCUCCGCACCCGUGCUCUCCGCUAGUGGUUCUCUUGCCGCUUCUGCGCUCUCCGCUCGCUCCGAUUCUGCGCUCCCCGCUCGUUCCGCUUCCGCGUUCUCCGCCGUUCCCCUGUCAGCGCAGGGAAAGGGUCCAGUCGAGCCCGCUCGACCGGCUGUAGCACGAGCAGCAGGCGCUGACGGCUUGUUUGACGGCGAGCGGUUUGUGCUGACGCUGGAAGUGACGGACGACAAGCAGGCCCAAGCCAAGGACGUCCUAGCUUCGGGCUGGUUCCGAGCCACGGUGGCUCCGGACCUACCUGCUCCGGCGGGCAUCAGAGAACUCCUGGAGAUACCCCUCUCGCUGCUGCCCCGCUCCUCCUCCUCCUCUUCCUCCUCCUCUCCUCCCAUCACCCACUCUCUCAGUCCUCCUCUCUCGUCCCUCACUCUCUCAAGCAAUUCUCCUGAUGAAAUAGCUAACAGUCAAGCUACUCCCUUGACUGCCUGUGCUGGUAACCCGUCCAGUGAAGGCAGCAAAUUGGCCGGCCAAGCCAUUGCAAAGGAUCCAGAUAGCUCUGUUGCGGCGCAGGUGGUUGCUCAGGUGCUGACGGUGGCGGCUCAGGUGAAAAGAACAGAGGCGGUGAGGCAGCAGAUGGUGGAGAGGGCGGCUCAGGUGGCAGGGGGCCGGGAGGGCAGCACUCCAGGCGCUCUGCUGCUGCUGUCAGGAGCCCACCCCACGCGCUCCUGGCCUCUGCUCAACCGCCUCUUGCCUACCAACUCCCUCCGCAUGCUGCAAGACGCUCAUCGACUGCGGGCAGCAGGCCAAAUACCACGCUGUGUUCAGUUCUGGGCUGUGGAGAACCCAGUGACUGCUUCGGUUGACCGCCUGGAGCAAAAGGUGGCGGCGGGAGCAGAGGCCAUCAUAGUGCAGCCGCCCGUGGUGCCACAUGCGUUUCACCGGUGGUGGUGCGACGCCGAACGGAGAGGACUAACCACCGCAGUACCCAUCAUCGUGGGAGUUCCUCUCAUCACCUCGGCGCGCAACCUGGCUUUCUGGAUGCUGCUCACAGACGCCAAGGGGAGGGAGGCCGAAGCUGAGAUCGCUAGGUUCCGCCAGGCAGAAGAGCAGUGUGCAAGGGACGGAGUAGUGGAUGUGGCUCAGUUCCAGGCGUUCCGCCAGCAAUGGACGGAGGAAUACCUCACAUAUGUGAAGCAACUGGCAGGGGCGUCAGGGAUACAUUUCAUGCCAAUCAACCCCCGAGGCUGGAGAGACCUGCGAAGAUUAAUCUCCACGUCACCUGUGUUCACCAGUAUGUGACGUUCUUAACAGACCUGUGUUAGCACUUGGCUCAGCCUGUACCCAGCUGUCUUAUGCUUCAGCUGAUGCUUUUCUGCACACAGGUGCCCUGUCACCUUGAAUGUUUGGAUAUGCUAUUGGCUUCUCUGGUGGGUGCUUGUUGCAUCAUUACCUCGCCCUUAGCUUUUGCAUCGACUCAUAAGCAAGGGGCCCCCAUACCACCCCAAAGAAGGCCAGUUUAUCAAAGUGAGAACUGAAUGAUUGAGUAGAGAGAGAGUACAGGUGAAUAUACCUAAGUGUUGUACCCUCUAAGAAGUGGCCCUAUACAGUCUAU